UUUCUCUCUCGCUAAUCUCCAUUCAAACAAAACACAAUUUUCUCUCGUCUCCACCAAAUCCUUGUUUUAGUUCCUUCUUCGGAAUCAAAAAACCAUAGCGGAGAUAUGGCUCAAAGAACCGAGAAAGAAGAGACCGAAUUCAAAGUCCCCGAAACCUUAACGCUUUGCGUUAACAACUGCGGCGUUACGGCCAGUCCAGCCACCAAUAACAUGUGCCAGAAAUGUUUUACCGCCGCUACAUCAUCCUCUUCCUCUUCCACCACAACCGCCACCGGUGAUGCGAGUGCCGCUGGAGUCGAAUUCUCCGACGAUAAAUCCUCGAGAUCUACACUGUCUUGUUCACAGGACGGCCGAUCUGAUUCUGCUCCGCCUACGACAGCUGCGACGACGACGACGACGACUACGAAUAGAGCGAUGAACGCAUCGAUUCGAUCAGGAAACGAUUCCUUGGAAAAGAAAUCGGUGAAUCGGUGUUCUGGUUGCAGAAAACGCGUCGGGUUGACCGGAUUCAGGUGUCGAUGCGGGGAGCUUUUCUGUUCUGAUCAUCGGUACUCGGAUCGACACGAUUGUAGUUACGACUACAAGGCAGCGGGUCGCGAGGCCAUCGCUAGAGAAAAUCCCGUGGUUAAAGCGGCCAAGAUUAUCAAAGUUUGAGUUUUACCGAUUGGAUCUUAAAUUCAAUUCAAUUAAAUAAACUAUUGUAGACAUUUUUCGUCCUGAAACUUGGAGAUCCAUGCUUGAUCUCAAGAAAGGGGAAAAAAGUUCCACGGAGGGAGAAAAGAGUCGGUUGAAAUCUUGAUAAGAACUGCAGAUGAAGAAGAUAAUUUCUCUCUGAUUCUUCUUCGUGUUGGAUCAAAUCUAUAGUAUUUCAUAUUCCAUCUUCACCUUUUGUUUUAAA